UUUGUAUUUUGUUCUUCACACCUUGAGGUUUAAAGAAAAUGAGACACUACAGAAAAAAUUCCGCUGGAUACUUUAAGAUUUUAUUACGACGAAGAUCAAUUGUUUUCUUUAUCGGACUUCUAGCGAUCUAUUUUCUGUUUAGAACUGUAACAAGACGAACUAUUUUCAAGGUCUCCUUGCCUCAUGUUACUCCAAACAAGGUUUGGGAUUUUAUGGCAGAUUUUAGCAAUCAACAAAUACUAAACCCCGGUAUAUUCAAGUUCCAAGUCGAGAAGGAUUCAAGUGGACACAAUGAGUGGAAUUAUGCAGUGAGGUAUUGGGAGUACUAUGAGAAUAUCCCUGUUUUUACCAAUUCUGCACUUGGCCACUUCAGAGUUUAUCAAGAUAAUAAUGAGGGGUUGAUGAUUGCUAGCGAUCAUGUGACAUGUCUUCUAUCCUUCAAUAUAUGGUGUUUACAAACAACAAGUAAACAAAGCUUCAGGUUUGAAGGAACAGGUAGCCUGGUUACUGAGGUCACGGAUUGGCAGUGUCCGUAUAUUCUAGUGUCUGUGUGUAGGGGUGAGGUUGAAACCCAGAGGAGUAAAGUGUUUUCCAACCUAGAAAGUGUUAGACCAAAACGGCUUUAUUUGACCUGCAAGGCUACAAUGACACUGUUUUUGAUUUCAUGUAUACGGUGACAAAGAACAUUUUUUUUAUAAAUUGUCAAUGGCACGAAAUAUUUUGUUAUUUUGAUGUAAAUCUUUAUUAAGAACAAAAUCUAUUUGAAACUAAAUAAUAUUUACUAUCAAAUGUGUAUUUAGAUGUUCUCUCUCUUAAUAUUUGUUAGAAUGAAAGCUUAAAAAAGUAUGUUCAAGAAAUGUAAAUAUCGACUUAUCAAGUAUUAUAUUAAACGUAUUAAAAUAUUUACUUUUCACUUUGAUUGUAUAGGAGAGAGUAGUUUUUGUAAUUCAAACGAUUUAGAAGAAGGUCAAACUCAUGCGAUAUUACUGGCACAACUUUGGGACCUCGUAGCUCCUCGAGUUGGAUUUUUCGCAAAAGAAUGAGAAAAAUGAGUUUAUCCAGUUAGAAUUUAGAAAAUCAAAAUUUUUUUGGUUUUCUCAAUAGCUCCUAAAUAAAACAUUAAAAAUUUCAAUCAAACGUUAAAGAAAAUGAGUUUCUUGCCACAGAUUUUCUAACCCCGGA